AUGGCAUCACAGGAUGAUCUUAUCAUGAAAAGAGGUGCUGUGUCUACUGGGAUGGUCACCGGGCCAUUUUCUAAAGAAGAGAUUGUGUGCGCAUACCCUCACAUGGUCUCCUCCAAUGGCGUUUGGUUCGGAGAUGAUCCUUUCGACUUCGCCGCCCCUGUUUUCCUAGUCCAGAUAACUAUAUUUUUCCUCACUUCAAGAUUUAUUUUCGUCUUGCUGAAACCUCUGCGGCAAAGUAUUAUCACUGCACAAGUUCUGGCCGGUGUGAUAAUAGGUCCAACAAUUCUUGGGCGUGUCAUAGGAAGCGAUACGAUGACCAAAGUGUUUCCACUGUCCAGCAAAGUGGUACUUCAAACAGCCGCAAACAUAGGCUUCAUUCUUCACCUCUUUGUCUUAGGAGUGCAGAUGGAUACAAGAAUAUUGAGAAAGGCAGGCGGCGCUGCGGCGCUGAUAGGAUCCGCCGGUUUUGUGAUGCCUUAUGUACUCGCCGGACUCACCUAUUUUGUCAUAAGUCAUAUGAUUCCAAUAGACGCAAACAUAACCACUUCCCUUCCAUUUAUAGCCGCAGUUAAUUCCAUCUCAAGCUUCCCUGUUAUCACUACCCUGCUUAUUGAUCUGCAAAUUCUCAACUCCGAGAUCGGCCGAUUAGCAACCUACACAGCCAUGGUCAGCGAUUUGUGCAGCUGGGUCACGGCUGUAUCCGUCACCGCAAUCGGCUUAGCCAUACGCAGAUCCAAGUGGACAUCGUUGUGGGCACUUUGCUGGGUCACCGUCUUUUUGAUCGCCAUCGUGUUUGUUUUCCGGCCGUUCAUAAUCUGGCUAACAAAAUUCACGCCGGAAGGACGACCCAUGAAGGAAACUCACUUUGUCGUCAUUCUUGCGGUGGUGCUGGGGUGUGCACUCUUUGCUGAAGUCAUCGGCCAGCACGCCGCCUUCGGGGCUUUUAUGAUGGGGAUUGCUUUACCAGAUGGGCCGCCGCUGGGAUCGAGUUUAAUAGAAAAAUUGGAUACCAUAGUGACUGGGUUGCUGCUUCCGGUUUUCAUUGCGAUUUGUGGUUUGCAGACGGACUUGAUGUCGGCCGGGGUAGGAGGAAAUUCUCCGGUGAUCAUUGAGGCGAUCAUCGUCAUGGGUUGUGUAGGGAAGUUCGGUGGUACUCUUUUGUCUGCGCUUUACUGCGGCUUGCCUUUCAUGGAGGCCGUUACUCUUGCUCUAAUCAUGUGCUCCAAGGGCAUCGUAGAGGUUGCCUGGUAUAUCAUGUGGAAGGAUUCCAACAUCCUAGACGACCAAACAUUUUCCCUCCUGAUAAUCACAAUGCUGCUCGUAUCCGGGUUAGUGAGGCCCAUGGUAGCGUUCCUUUAUGAUCCAACAAGGAGGUACACGGCGUACGGAAGAAGGACCAUUCUGGAAUCAUCGGACACCGUCCAGCUCCGUAUUCUUGUCUGUAUCCACCAGGAAGACAAUGUCCCCAUGAUUUUAAAUCUUCUCGAAGCUUCCAAUUCCACCAGAUUCACCCCAAUCUCCGUCUUCGUCCUCCACCUCAUGGAGCUUACUGCCAGCACAUCGGCUAUACUUGUGCCACAUCAUCACCAUCUCCACAACUCGCCUUCCAAUGCAUCCGACCAUGUUGUCGGUGCCUUCAACCAGUUUGAGCAGCACCACCAUGGGAGUGUCGUGGUGCAGCACUUCACCGCAGUUUCUCCUUAUGCGAGCAUGCAUAACGAUAUAUGCAGUCUUGCUCUUGACAAAAGAACCACCAUUGUGAUCGUGCCAUUUCACAAGCAGUGGGCGAUUGAUGGACGGCUGGGAUCAUCCGCCCCCUCCCUCAGGACUGUCAACCACAACGUCAUCAACAUGGCCCCAUGCUCUGUCGGAGUCCUCAUUGAGCGGGGGAUUAAUGCACGUGCUAUUCGCUCCGCCUUAACAACACCAUCCUCCUCCGCAUAUCGAAUUGGCUUGCUGUUUUUCGGCGGCGCUGAUGAUUUGGAAGCACUCGCCUAUAGCAGACGCAUGGCCCAACAUCCACAUGUCAACCUCACAGUGGUCAGGUUCAUACACGAGCGUCACUUUUAUGAAAAGGAGAAGAAUCUUGAAGACGAUUUGAUCCACGAGUUCAUAUCAAACGCAGUUAUAAAGGGAAAAAACCAAUAUAGAGAGGAGAUAGUGGAAGAUGGAGUAGAAACAACGCAGGCAAUCCAUGCAAUGGAGGAUGAUUUCGAUUUGGUAAUGGUGGGAAGGUACCAUGCACCCGACUCACAGCUUAUGUUAGGCUUAACAACAGAAUGGAGCGACUGCCCGGAGCUUGGGGUGAUCGGAGACAUGCUGGCCAAUUUAGAAACUCGGUUUUCAGUUUUGGUAGUGCAGCAACAGCCACAGGAACCUGGGCAUCGCUCGCUAGAGACCAUUCCCAGCUUACCAGUUUCUAAUAGAAGCAAAUCUGUAGCUUCAAAGAUGACCAGUGAAUUUUCUGAUGGUGAAGAUUUUACACCUAUUUACUCUAGGUUUGAGCAUCGGAAAUAA